GCUGCCAGAGCUCCAGGAGUGUUUGGACAGCGCUGCCAGUGAUGCACAGGGUGGGGUUGGACUGGAUGAUGCUGGUGGAUCCCUGCCAAGAGAAGAGCCCGGAAGCUGCGCUGCGGGAAAACCGAGACACAAUCAGGGCAAUGACCAGAAACGGGGAGAAGAGGAGCCCCCAAAAGCUGCGGGAAAGUGCCCGAUCCCGCAGCCGUGCCAGCCCCGGCGGUGCCCGCAGCGGCAGCAGGGAGCCGCAAUUCCCGGAGGAAAACCAGCGGCCGGGCUGGGAACGGGGAGAAUCCACCUUAACGGGAGCAGGAAGCGGAGCGGGGCCAAUCAGGCCGGGAAGGGAGGCGGGGAAGGAGGGACGGGCAGGGCGAGCGGGGCGAUGGCGGAGGGCGGGGACGCGCCCGCCCCGGGCAGGUCGCAACCUGAAGGAAUGGCUGCGGGAGCAGUUCUGCGACCACCCGCUGGAGCACUGCGAGGACACCCGGCUGCACGACGCGGCCUUCGUGGGGGACCUGCCCACCCUGCGCAGCCUGCUGCAGGACGAGAGCUUCCAGAGCCGGAUCAACGAGAAGUCGGUGUGGUGCUGCGGGUGGCUGCCCUGCACCCCGCUGCGCAUCGCCGCCACCGCCGGCCACGGCCCCUGCGUGGACUUCCUCCUGCGCAAGGGGGCCGAGAUCGACCUGGUGGACGUCAAGGGGCAGACCGCCCUCUACGUGGCCGUGGUCAACGGGCACCUGGAGUGUGCCAGGAUCCUGCUGGAGGCGGGCGCUGAUCCCAAUGGCAGCCGGCACCACCGCAGCACCCCGGUGUACCACGCGGCGCGGGUGGGGCGCGCCGACAUCCUGCAGGAGCUCAUCAGGUACGGCGCGGACGUGGACGUGAACCAGCAGCUGGCGAGCCGCGGGCCGGGGCAGGCCCUGCGGCCUCUGACCACGCUGGUGGUGUGUCCCCUGUACAUCAGCGCUGCCUACCACAACCUGCCCUGCUUCCGCCUGCUGCUGCGGGCCGGGGCCAACCCCGACUUCAACUGCUGGGGGCCCGUCGACGUGCGGGGCUUCUCGCGGGGCUCGCCCGUGUGCGUGCUGGAGGCCGUGCUGCGCCAUGGCUGCCGGCCCGCCUUCGUGCGCCUGCUCGUCGACUUCGGAGCCAACCUCAGCCUCGUCAGGGCCGAGGCGCUGGCGGCCGAGCCCACGGGGAGGGUCAAGGUGGACGCCGAGGCGCUGGAGGUGUUCAAGGAGGCCAGGGGCUGCCCCCGGAGCCUCUUGUCUCUGUGCCGCAUAGCUGUGCGGAGAAUCCUUGGCAAAUCCCGCCUGGAUCUGAUCCGUAGCCUCCCAGUCCCCGACCCCAUUAAACAGUUUUUACUCCACGAGCACAGCUGAAGGGCGGCUGGCUGCUUCUGGGGACAGUUUGACUUGGUAAAUGAGUGCCCUGACGGAGCCCAUCCUGCCCCUUGCCCCCUCAUGGAGUGCACAUCAUUCCCUGCUCCUGUGGGGCUUUUUUUCCCCCUCCACAUUUAGGGUGCAGUGAUGCCGUGUGUGUCUUAUUUCCCUGGGGAGAGGCUGCUAAACGUGUGUGCUGGAGUAAAUACAAUAUAUCCUGUAGCUGUUGGCAAAUGUGUAACCUCUGUUACUGAUCUGUGUCUCACACACACACCUGGGGUCUCUGUUCCAUUUCUCUGGGGGCAAAUGUCCCUGCUUUACUGUUUUCCCCAUCCCAGCACAUAAAACCAGAAGCUCCUACCUACAUUUUGCUCCCUAUCCCAUGGUAAGACCAGAGAAAACCCACCCAGAUCCACGUAACAGGUCUGUUUUGUUUGCAUUGUGAAAAAGGGAGGAAAAAGGGUUUUUUUUUUUUUGAGGAGCUGGGAGAUUUUGUGCUUCUAAUCACAGCCUUGCAUCCAGAGCCUGGGCCCCUUUGAUUUCCAGUGCCUCUUCAUGCCACAAACUCCCUGAAGUGUCAUUCUUCAGGGAGUCAGCAUCCUUUUGUUGGGAUCUCAGGGUCAGCCCAUGAAGUGGUCAGUGCAGAGGAAUUGUUGUCAAAACAGCAACUUUAGAAAGAUAGAGAUGAUGGUGCCUCAGGAGCUUGGCAAAAAUCUCAGGUGAUAAUUGAUACUUGCUUUAACUUUACUGAUUCAAGUAAACUCACUCUGCUAUGAGUUCAUUUUUUUUGGAAUGAUUUUUCUUUGCCAGCUCUUCUUCCCGUGCUCAUCCAGUUGGCAAAGGCAAUUUUCCAGAUGUGACCUUAAAGAUCAGAGAAUCCCAGCCUGGUUUGGGUUGGAAGGGACCUUAAAGCCCACCUAGGUCCAAGCCCCUGCCAUGGACAGGGACACCUUCCACUACCCCAGCUUGCUCCAAGCCCUAUCCCUGGACCCUAUGGACUUACCUCAACAUUGGUUCCAAAAUGUUAUUUUCCCAGAGGCAUAAACAAAUGCAAAAGCCAAGAGGAUAUUUCCAGGCCUUCUCCAGGUGAGGUGCAGUGGAUGUGGAGCUGUGGCCAGGUGAGGAGAGGCAGUUCUGCACCGUUCCCUCCCCAGCCCUGCAGCUGGUUUUGGUUUUCCUGGCGCUGGCAGCGAGUUGUGCACUGGCUUUAUAGAGGUGUGAACAUGCCUGGGAGAUGCAAACAGGUUGUAAAGCCUCUUUGGCACCUUGCUGGGGGAUCCAUAAUGGUUUGCAGGAGUUCACCAUGCUCCUGAGCUCCAGUAUGGGGAGGCAGAAAAUGAGAUGGGCUGUCUGGAGAAAAUGCCAUGGGAACAGCUGUUUUCAUGAGGAUUUUUACUUGGUUUGUAAAUGGGACUCCCAGCUGGGGUGAAGAUGGUGGGAUGGAUGUGGGGAGAGCUGGAAGGAGCCCAAGGAUCAUGCAGCCCAGCUCCUGGCCCUGCACAGACACCCCAACAAUCCCACUCUGUGCAUCCCUGAGAGCGGGGUUCUCCUGGAUGCUCCUGGAGCUCUGGCAGCCCUGGGGCUGUCACCAUUCCCUGUUCCUGUGCUCAGCCACCCUCUGGAUGGGGGUUCCACCUGGAAUGAGCUGCAGUGAAAUGCCUCCAUGGGAAUGCCAGAGGAUGGCCCAAGGAAAUUGAGACAAUCAACUCAACUCAGUGCUUGAUGUAAGUCUGUAUAAUUAAACCUGAGCCUGUUACAGUGUUAAUUAGAGACUCCAUCCAAAGGAUUCCCCUGAGCAUGGAUCUCUUUAGGUCUAAGGAUGGUUCUCCCAAUCCAGUAGCAAACCAGUCUGAGGUUCAUCAGUGACUUGGAGAUGAGCAGAAUCAAAACUUUGGAGUGCCUGGAUCACCUACCCAACUUCCGUCUUCACUGAGGGACUUUGCCUCUGGAAAAAGUCAAACCUUUGGCUUGAGGGCCUGGAGUGAGUCCAACUGGGGGACAAUCACAUAGAACUAAGCUGUAAGUGCACAGGAUUCUGUUGGAAUGAAGUCCCUGUGGAGAUUGGUUGCUGCUGAUUGGACAGCUUUGCUGAGCUGGUUUAAUACACAGAGAAUCUGGAAUUUUCACUGGAGAGAGAUAAUAAUUGAAAUAGAUUCAGGAUAUUCAUAGACUUCAUUGUCCUCUCCUAUAGGGCCAAACCCUACAUCCUCUGCCUUACCCUGUCCUUUUAAACCCAGGAUACAAUAGUCUUCCAGUAUGAAAUCUCAAUAAUUUGUGCAUUUCUAUCUUUUUACAUUAUAGAAACAGUAUUUCUUUUUGCCUUAGCUUGGACUUUACCCUUCCCGCCUAUAUUCAAAGCAAUCCCUUUUGUAAAGGUGUUUUUUCCCAUGUUGUCCAUGGGGCAUGCUCAGAUAAUGUAAGUAAAAAUUGAGUUUUGUGAAGUUGUGGGUAGGAAAUUGAACAUUCCUGCAGUGUACAUCUCAUCCACUGAAAAAUGCCCAUUCUAUUUGUACAGAAUAUAUAAAGUGUGUGUGGCAUGGCCUUGCUGGAAGCUUGGAUGGGACAGGACAAGAAGAUUUGGAAAAUGCUUGAAGAACCAACCAGACCUGGAAUCAGCCAAGCUGCUCCAAAGCUGUCUUUUCUCAUUGGCUUUCUUGUCUUUGUUGCCAGUGGAGGAUUUCCAGGGCUUGGAAUGCUGGGAUCCAAAUAUCAUUUCCUGCUCAUGAUGUGGGGGAAAGGCAUCUGGUGGGUUGAAGUGGUUUUUUGGUUGGUUUUGGAGGGGUUUUUUUUUGUUUGUUUGUUUCUUAUUCUUCAAUCCCUGAAGUCAAGUAAAGCCCUUUUUAUCCCAAACCA